AUGGAUAUUUCCCAAAAUGAUGCGUGGUUUGAUUCUUUAAGUAUUUUCUCUGACUCAGAUGAUGACUUUAUCAGCCUACAUGAAGAGGGUGGCAUAACGGGUCUUAUCCCAAAUGGUAAAGUGGUUCAGUUUGAGUCCUCUUCAUGCAUUGUUGAUGGAAAAGGACAUUACGAAGAAUACCAUGAGAGUUACUUGAAGAUUGAAGGUUUAUACAAAGAUCCUAAUGGUUUGUCUGUUAUCACAACAAACAACAAGAAGAAACUAUUGGACCAUACUGUUGGAAGCUUUAAAGGUUUGAAGGAACAAGAUAAAACAUUGAAAUCCAACAUAAGCUGGUUGAUGCCAACGGUUAGUUUUAACGACAAGGCUCUUAACUCGCCCACAUCUCAGAAACGAAAGUCGUCAGUGUACCGGCUUUCAUUCAAGAGGAGAUCAUGCGAUGGUGAAGAAGUUACCGAAAAUAGGUCGUCCAAGAGAUUGUUGUACCGUCCAAAAGCGGGAUUCACCAUUCCUUGUUUAGCCAAAGAGAAGCAGCAAUCUUCAGGAAGUUGGUCUGAGAUACCUCCUUCAAAUUUUAAACUACGUGGUGAAACCUAUUUCAAAGAUAAACGGAAAUCACCGGCUCCAAAUCAAUGUCCAUACACUCCAAUUGGUGUUGACUUGUUUGUGUGUCCGAGGAAGAUUGAUCAUAUAGCUCAACACAUCGAGCUUCCCAACAUCAAAGCCGAGGCAAAGCUCCCUGCUCUUCUGAUUGUCAACAUUCAGUUGCCAACUUAUCCAGCCGCAAUGUUUCUUGGUGAUAGUAAUGGGGAAGGCAUGAGCAUUGUACUUUACUUUAAAUUACGUGACAAUUACGAAAAAGAAAUCUCUCAGCAAUUCCAAGACAGCGUCAUGAAACUAGUGGAAGAUGAGAUGGAGAAAGUUAAAGGGUUUGCAAAAGAAAACAUUGUUGCGUUCCGCGAAAGGCUUAAAAUCAUAGCCGGAUUAGUUAACCCAGAGGAUCUAAGUCUUAGCUCCACUGAAAAGAAGCUUAUACAAGCUUACAAUGAAAAACCUGUCCUUUCACGUCCUCAACACAACUUCUUCAAGGGUCCUAAUUACUUUGAGAUUGAUUUGGACGUUCAUCGGUUUAGCUUCAUUUCAAGAAAAGGGCUUGAAGCAUUUCGAGAUCGACUUAAAAAUGGAACUCUUGAUCUUGGUUUAACUAUCCAGGCUCAAAAACCAGAGGAGUUGCCAGAAAAAGUCUUAUGCUGUUUAAGGUUAAGCAAGAUUGACUUCGUUGACCAUGGUCAAAUCCCUACGCUUUUAAUCCCUGAAAAAGAAGAAUCUUUUGUUUGA